GACUAAAAAGCGCGACAAAGGGCCACUAAAUAUAGUAUUGGGCUUGUUUAAAUUAUUUUUUUUGUACACUUUUAGCGAUUUUUAUUUCAUUUUAAAAUGACCACUAAAAAGAGGAAGCAAGCCCCUAACCAGCAAGGCCAGAAGUCAAGCGCUGGAAGUACCACACAGUCGAAAUCACCGGGGCGAAUCAAGCUGAAAUCAAAACACAAAGAGGAGAGCGGCGCGAAAAUUACUUCCUCUUGGCUGAUUCCAUUCACAAAAUAUGGCAGUGGUUACGCUUCUCUGGUGCUGAUCAUCGCUGUGGGCUUUGGGAUUUUCCACAGCUAUCACGUCUCCAGAAUGUUUGAAAACGAGCGGUUUUUCUCGCACUUGUCUGCAUUGGAGAGGGAAUUGUCUUUCAGAACAGAGAUGGGCCUGUACUAUUCAUAUUAUAAAACUAUUGCGGAAGCUCCAACAUUUAUUGGAGGUGUUCAUGCCAUUAUGAACUGUAAUGUAACAGAAUAUCCCGACACUAUCAACACUCUCAAAAGAUUUAAUUUAUACCCAGAGGUCGUGCUGGGAUUUGCUUUUCGUAUGUAUGUUUGGUUAACAACAAGCUUGAAUAUUCACACCAAGACGUGUUACACAGUUAACAGGGGUUACAACCAACCUCCAGUUCAAAGCUGUGAAGGUAUGGGAGAAUUGUCUUUCUUCUAUGUGUAUGCCAUCUUCUAUUUAAGUGGACUCAUGAUGUCCAUGUUCUUCUUGCUCUGUUUUUAUUUAAGGUAA